UAAUUUAUUUACAUUUAAUUUUUAAUUGGUCUCUCUCUGGGCUGUCAUCCCAAAAAAAAAAACUAGGGUUUUAAAGGGGUCUUCCCUUCUUCUUCUUAUCCUCCGUUUCCUCCGCCAGAUUCUCCUCUUACUUGCGAAGAUGAGCAACGACAAAGACAACUUGAACAUGUCUGGUCUCACCGCCGCUCUUAACGAGGAGGAUCGCGCAGGCCUUGUUAAUGCUCUCAAGGAUAAGUUGCAGAAUUUGGCAGGACAACACUCGGAUGUCCUUGAGAACUUGAGUCCGGCAGUCAGGAAGCGUGUCGAGGUUCUAAGAGAGAUUCAAAACCAACAUGAUGAAAUUGAAGCAAAGUUCUUCGAAGAGAGGGCAGCUCUUGAAGCUAAGUAUCAAAAGUUGUAUCAGCCUUUCUACACCAAGCGAUAUGAGAUUGUGACCGGUGUGGUUGAAGUUGAAGGUGCACCUGAAGAAGUAAAAACACAACAAGGCGAAGAUAAAGCUGCUGAAGAGAAAGGAGUGCCGGAUUUUUGGCUUAUUGCAUUGAAGAACAAUGAAAUUACAGCUGAGGAGAUAACUGAGCGAGAUGAAGGGGCUCUCAAGUAUCUUAAGGAUAUCAAGUGGAACAGGGUCGAAGAACCAAAAGGGUUCAAGCUCGAGUUUUUCUUUGAUGAGAACCCUUACUUCAAAAACACUGUCUUGACCAAGACAUAUCACAUGAUUGAUGAGGAUGAGCCUAUCCUCGAGAAGGCCAUUGGGACGGAGAUUGAGUGGUUCCCUGGAAAAUGUUUGACUCAGAAGAUCCUAAAAAAGAAGCCAAAGAAGGGAUCCAAAAACACAAAGCCCAUCACCAAGACUGAGGACUGUGAGAGUUUCUUCAACUUUUUCAGUCCACCUCAAGUUCCUGAGGACGAAGAUGAUCUUGAUGAUGACAUGGCUGAUGAACUCCAAGGCGAGAUGGAGCACGACUAUGAUAUCGGGUCAACCAUUAAAGAGAAAAUCAUCUCGCAUGCUGUGUCAUGGUUCACUGGUGAAGCUGUUGAUCCAGAUGACCUUGAGAUUGAUGAGGACGAUGAUGAUGAGAUUGAUGAAGAUGACGAGGAAGAUGAUGAGGACGAGGAUGAUGAGGAUGAUGAGGAGGAAGAUGACGAGGAUGAAGAGGCAGAGCAAGGAAAGAAGAGCAGAAAGAAGUCAUCAGCUGGGCACAAGGUUUAACAAUCACUCAAAUCUCAACCAAGUCUGGAAGAAGUCAACUUGCUGAAGGUCAACAAGGUGAGAGGCCAGCGGAGUGUAAGCAGCAGUGAGUAAUGAUGAAAAAGAGUCAGUGAGGUCUUUUGUGUUUUUUUUUUUAAUUUAAGAGUCAUGGUCCGGUUUAUAUGAUAUAAAUCAAGUUUUGGGUAGUGGUUUGCUUGAAAAAAAAUGUUCUGUGGUUUGGGUUUUUGGUUGCGUCUGAUUUUUUCAUUUGUAAUGUGUUGUUGUUCUUCAUGAACUGGUUUGAGCAAUAGCAUUUUGUUCGUUGGUCAAA